AGCAUAUGUAAGUCGAUCAACUGCUAAACAAAAAAAUGGGCCUGUAGCGUCCAGCCCAUGUAAGUAAAACCAACAAUUUUGCCGUUAAAAGCUUGUGAGAGUAGGAGAUUUAUAAGAGUCCCACAUCGAUUACGCUCACAGGGAAGGACUCGCGAAGCAUAGUAUAAAAAGAGAAGGGGAGAGAACAAGAAAAUCACUUACCUGGACGAGGUCAACUCAUUAUCAAAAAUAUGAGUGGCCUAGGCUAGUGAUCUCUCUCCAUUGCACAAAAGAGAGGAUACAAGGAGAGGGCGCUGCUUAAGGUCUCUCCAAGUGAGAGAGCCUGCGUCAUUAUUUGUGGCACAGGGAGCCUGUGUUCGCGCGGCUCCUACCAUCCAUUAACAGUUUAAAUUAUUUUUUGAACCGCUCAUUAUAUAUUGCUUUAGUGUAGAACUGAAAUGAAGUACCGAAGGCGAAAACAAUGUUUGUAUUACAAUGGAAAAGGUAACGAACAUUCAACAUCCCACCUCGAUGAGUUUACUAAACUCUGAAAGACCAAACAGUUUGACGGGCUUUUAGGCCUAGGAGAAUUUAAAUAAUAUGGGCCUUUCCGAACAAUUAAAUCGGCAUUAUACAAUUGUAUUGUUGUUUUGAAGUCUUAUAGAUUUGAAAAUGUUUACUUCGUUUCGUUUUGCUGCAAUAAUGAACUUAGACUAGAACUCAUAGUGUCUAUCUUUAGUAAUAAUUCGUUCAUAGAUUUGAACCUUAUGAAUGUGUCAACUUUGGGUUGUAGAGAAAAGAGAUCAUGGAGAUUUGCUUUAGAGAAGUUUCUUCGAGAGAGGAUUAAGGUUGUCUGUAAAGCACUUGGUGAUUCUGUCUCCGUCACUCGCGAUAAGAGCAAGAUCACAGUCACCUCUGACGGCCAAUUCUCCAAGAGAGUGAUUGCAGCUAACAUGGAUCGUAACCUCUAUGAGUUGAAAUACUUCAACAUUGCUGAGAAUGAAGCAGAGGAAGAAGACUAGAUCCUAGAUUCUUCUGUUCCUCUCUUACCUUUGGGUUUGGUUUUGAUUCUACCACAAUUCUUCUGUGUUUUUUUUUGUUAGAUAUUUGUAGUUUUGAUUUAAGUAAUACACUUCUAUGAGGAAUGUUAUUCUCAGUUGUCAGACCUUAUUGUUCACUCUGUAAGAACGGUUGGAACUCGUU